AAAAUAUAAAUCCCACCAUAACCUAUCGGCUAUCUUCACCACCUGCACCUGCCAAAUGCUGAGCAAUGCCGCACUACGAAUGCACAUUAAAAAGGAUCAGCCUAAUGGGUAUGCAAUUACAGACACGAAACACCCACAAUUUCUCAUUAUAAAUAGCAUAAGGGCUCUACAUAUCAGUCUUCGUCAUUAGCCACUUCCAAAGCCAUGCAAGGUGUUGGCAAAUUAUGGUUUCUUCUUGUUCCUCUGUGUUUUCUCAUAGAAAAAGGAUCGUCUGCUGCACAGAAAGAACAGGUUUAUAUUGUUUACAUGGGGGCCGCCAAUGAUUACUUAGACCACCACUAUUUUCAGCUCCUCACCUCUGUAUCAAAACGGAAAAAGACAAAUCUAGUUCAUAGUUACAGACAUGGAUUCUCAGGUUUUUCUGCUCGUUUAUCAGAAACUGAAGCGCAAUCACUUGCAGACAAACCUGGAGUGGCUUCUGUUUUUCCUGAUCCUGUUUUUCAACUCCACACUACUCAUUCUUGGGAUUUCUUGAAAUAUCAACUUGAUGUUGAGCUAGACCAACUUCCUAGUUCCGGUGGAUCCGACACGGUCAUCGGACUCAUAGAUUCAGGAAUCUGGCCGGAAUCGGAGAGUUUCAGUGACAAAGAUAUGGGUCCAGUUCCGUCGCACUGGAAGGGGACUUGUGUCGAAGGUUACAACUUCAACUCAUCCCACUGUAACAGAAAACUGAUAGGAGCAAGAUACUACAAUAGUCCUGAGGACGACGAAGAUAAAACGUAUCAAACAGCUAGGGAUAUGGUCGGACAUGGCAGUCAUACUGCUUCAACUGCAGCAGGAGCUAUGGUGCCUCGUGCGUCUUACUAUGGUUUAGCGGAGGGGACUGCAAGAGGCGGCUCACCGGGAUCAAGAAUCGCCGCCUACAGAGUAUGUUCAGCGAACGGAUGCUACGGGUCAAGCAUAUUAAAAGCAUUUGAUGAUGCAAUUGCAGAUGGUGUUCAUGUUCUGUCUAUAUCACUCGGUGCACCAUCAUCAUUUAUGCCAGAACUCGACAAGGAUCCGAUUUCUAUCGGUGCAUUUCAUGCGGUUGAGAAUGGGAUUACGGUUGUCUGCUCUGCUGGGAACGAUGGUCCGUAUCCGAGAACUGUUGUCAACUCUGCACCUUGGAUUCUGACGGUUGGUGCUACAACCAUUGACAGGGAUUUAGAGUCCGACAUCGUUUUGGGUGGAAACAAAGUGAUCAAGGGAGAAGGCAUAAACUUCGCUAACAUCGGAAAAUAUCCGGUGAACCCUUUGGUAUAUGCAAAGACUGCCAAGAAAGCUGAUGCUGAUGAAGAUGAUGCUAGCAAUUGCAGGCCAAACUCCAUGGAUGAAAGUAAGAUCAAAGGAAAGAUUGUCUUCUGUGAUAAUGAAGAAGGAGAAUCACAAGAGAAUCAGAAGAAGGACGAAGUACAGAGAUUAGGAGGAAUUGGUUUAAUUUUAGUGAAUGAUCAGACAAAAGCAGUUGCUGGUUCUUACAAGGAAUUUCCGAUGACCCUAAUCAGUUCGAAGGACGGUGCUCAAGUCCUUCUCUACAUCAACUCAACUGAAAAUCCAGUCGCUACCAUCUUACCUACGACAACGGUGACAAAUUAUAAGCCAGCACCAAUGGUUGCCUACUUUUCAGCAAGAGGUCCUUCUUCCAUCACAACGAACAUCCUCAAGCCUGAUAUUGCAGCACCGGGAGUAAACAUACUUGCAGCAUGGAAAGCCAAUGACACAGAGGAGACUGUUAUAGGUAAGGAACCGCCGCUGUACAACAUGAUCUCCGGAACUUCCAUGUCGUGUCCCCACGUUGCAGGAAUAGCGGCAGAGGUGAAAUCUCAUAAUCCCACUUGGAGCCCUUCCGCAAUCAAAUCAGCUAUUAUGACAACAGCGUCGCAGACAAACAAUGUUAAGGCCGCCAUAACAACAGAUUCAGGUCUCGAAGCAACACCUUAUGACUAUGGGGCAGGAGAAGCAGGUACAACCAGACCACUGCAACCUGGUCUAGUUUACGAGACCACCACCAUCGACUACUUGAACUUUCUUUGUUAUUCUGGAUAUGAUACAGUCACUGUCAAAAUUAUCUCAAAAAAUAUGCCCGAGGGUUUCACUUGCCCUAAGGAUUUAACCACCGAUCUUAUAUCCAGUAUCAACUAUCCGUCCAUAGCAAUUUCUGGCCUUGCUGUGAACCAGAUGAAGAACGUAAGCAGAACGCUGACAAAUGUUGAUGGAGAUGGUAAUGCAACAUACACUUCUAUCAUUGUUGUGCCUUCAGGAGUGGCAGUUGGAGUUGGUCCAACUUCUCUACAAUUUACAACGAAUGGAGAGAGACAGACGUUUCAUGCUUCAUUCAAGGCAGAUAAACCUAUAGAUGAUGAUGUUUUUGGAGCUAUCACAUGGACUAAUGGAAAAUUUAAAGUCCGAAUCCCAUUUGUUGUAAGCAGUAAAAGCAGCAAGAAACUCAAAAAUUGAUAUAUUUUGUACUGAUGCAUUUUAAAGUUAAUAAUAGUUGUUGCACCACGGUCACAAACA